AGAAUACAUUACUAAGUACUUAGAUGAAGUUCAAGUUGCCAACAAUCGAUUUGUAUUCGGUCGAAUCAAGCUAGAACAUAGAGCAUGAUGCUGCGAUUGUCGCUUUUUGCGUCUGCUUUUGGGAUCUCCUCCGCCGUAGCCGAGAGCUGGUUUUCGAAGUUUUUUGGCGGCGGCGCGGUACAAACAGCGAAAGUCAGCAAAUGUCCGGGAGAAGUAAACCGAGGAGGGCCACAGCCUGAGACAUGCACCUUUGAUAGCACACAUCGGGUGUGCGCUCUCCUUGUCGAGGUACUUAAAUACCUGAUUCCUUAGAAGACAGUACUGAUUUUCUGGUAGCAGUGUUCGAUUUCGAUACCAGUUGUAUCCACAACAUCGGAAUCGACUGAGAAACCGAGGGCACAUUAUGACUCUAAUAUAGUGCACGAAAUCUCCAUCUGCAAAAAUAAAAUCAGAAACCGGGUGGUACUUGCGAAAAGCGGCAGUGGGGCAGUGGAGAUUUUUGGCAGAUAACCGGUCAAACCGCUUUUGACUGGUCUCAGGAGAUCUGUACAAAUAAGCAGAAUCCUGGCGAAGGCUGGUGCAUCUGCAUGUGGGCUUUCGCAGAUCUUAUUCACUCAGUCGGAUGUGAAAAUGUUCAUCUCGAUUGCUCAGCCACCAGUGUGGAUUACGUACUCUCGAAAUACACUGACGGAGGCAGAGACUUGUCCGGUGCACACGAUUGCCUCAAGCAGAAAUGCAGUGGAGGCGCAAUGGUUGCGAGGUGAUGAAAUUACCUGGACCUGCUCAGAUAUACACCCGUAGUACAAUCAUCAUGCCGCCCCGCUAGCACUAGAGGCGUCGGAAAUGAUCGGUCGGGAAGUGUGCGACGUUGUAGCUCAUGUGUGAAGCAAAAGCCGUGUGACCUCAUGCCUACUCCUGCGAAGACUCUAAUCGCUUCUUUUUACGCAAUACUUUACGUUUACAUCAUUCUACCGACUAGCAAAUAAGUAUGGUACUGCUGCGGAUAGAAGACGAUGAAAAAUCGCCAGCGGAGGGGCUUUCUUUUAUUUGUGUGUUGGUAGGCGAUUUCAGCAAAAGCAAAUGUAACAAAUCAAC